GCCUUGACCUGCUAAACUGACACAUCUUUGAUUGAGGAGAGACUAUUCAGUAUUCAGCAUGCAGAAGGUGUUAAUCUUCACUCUACUUAUCACUGCUCUCAGCUUGGGUGCGGAGAGUUUCCGUGUGCCCAGAGAGGCGGAAGAAGAGGAACAAGCCACAGUUACCACUGUUUUAGACACUCUGAGGUCAUACUACGAUCAAAGUGUAAACACAGCCAGCUCAUACUACGAUUCUCUCAAGGAUCUCAAACUGGAGGAGAAAGCCAAGAACCUGUAUGAUGAGACCACACAGGCUGUGCGCACUUAUGCAGGCAUCUUCCAGGAUCAGCUCUACCACAUGAUCUACCCCGACAACCAUUAAGCAUAACAGGCAAAGAGCCAUACAUUUUUCUCAAACUCUGUUCCUAAAUCUGCCAUGCUGGAUCACCUUACCUACUUACAACCUGAAGCUGCUACCAUGAGAAGAGCCAGUCUGAGCUCAAUACAAACCCUGAACAUCCAUUUUCAAGGGACUUAAAGCUAGAUCCUAUUUGUUCUUUUCAAUGUGGUACAUGGAUGACCUUUUGAACUUACAUGCUCAAGUCAUAUUACCAAUGCAAAUAACACCUUAGCAGCUGUUAGACUAGAAUAUGCUUUUAAAUAUAGUUUAGAGGCAAUUUGCUGGACAAAUAAAUAUGCAGUAGUGUUUUCCUGAAAAAAAAAAAAGCAUUUAUUUAUCUCAGUCGCCACAGAUGGUACACAACCUGUCAUAGAUUAUUUCAUUUAGAAGAUUUUCUGAUGUCAUAAUAACAACACAAUGUAAUAAUGUGCAAUAAAGCCAACUAUUUGUAUAAACAA